AUGUAUGAACAUAUAUAUUUGUGUGUGAUGUUGACAUUCAAGAUGAAGUUUGAAGUGAAAGUGUUUGUGACUAUCUUCAUGACUGUUGUGAAGUCAUGCGAGGCUGGCAGAGUGCAGGCCGCUGUCAGUUUUCUAACAAAUGCCUCCUAUCAAGAAAUAGAACUGAAAUCCGAAUCCAGCCUGUCACUGCGGGACAUUUUACCGGAGAAAGCCAAGUUUUACGAUAAGAACCGAGCGCCCAAGCUGCAGGGACAGCCAACCAUAGUCUAUUUCCACGUCACUGUGCUGUCUCUGGAUUCUAUUAAUGAAGAGAGUAUGACUUACGUAGCCGACAUCUUCCUAGCCCAAUCCUGGAGAGACCCUCGUCUUCGACUGCCAGAGAAUAUGCACGAAGAGUACAGAAUCCUGGAUGUAGACUGGCUGAACAAGAUCUGGAGACCAGACUGCUUCUUCAAGAACGCUAAGAAAGUGACCUUCCAUGAAAUGAGCAUACCCAACCAUUAUUUAUGGUUGUACCAUGAUAAAACUCUGCUGUAUAUGUCCAAAUUGACCUUGGUCCUCUCCUGUGCCAUGAAGUUCGAGUCGUAUCCCCAUGACACACAGAGCUGUUCCAUGAUGAUUGAGAGCUUAUCUCACACCGUCCACGACCUUGUAUUCAUCUGGAACCUUACAGACCCGCUAGUUGUUAACCCGGACAUCGAAUUGCCUCAACUAGACAUCUCCAACAACUACACAUCUGAUUGCACUAUUGAAUACUCUACGGGCAACUUCACCUGUCUAGCAGUAGUGUUCAACCUCCGUCGUCGACUAGGCUACCAUCUGUUCCACACCUACAUCCCUUCAGCUCUCAUUGUCGUCAUGUCCUGGAUCUCAUUCUGGAUCAAACCUGAAGCCAUUCCUGCUAGAGUCACCUUGGGAGUCACUUCGUUACUUACUUUGGCUACUCAAAACACACAAUCUCAACAGAGUCUACCACCAGUGUCAUACGUAAAAGCUAUAGACGUGUGGAUGUCCUCCUGUUCAGUCUUCGUGUUCCUCUCACUCUUCGAAUUUGCCGUGGUGAAUAACUACAUGGGUCCUGUAGCUACGAAGGCUAUGAAGGGGUAUUCGGAUGAAGACUUGUCUAGAGAUCUGGAUGCUUUUAAGCAUAUAUUCCCAACCACAGUGGACCCUAGAGCCAGUACAUCAGCUUCCAUACCUCAGUACGAGACCUUCUGCAACGGGAGAGAGACAGCAGUAUACAUAGAUCGGUUCUCUCGCUUCUUCUUUCCUUUCUCUUUCUUCAUCCUUAAUGUGGUCUACUGGUCUACUUUCCUGUGA